AUGACCUCUCAAGAGCAGUCGCGAUGGACGCGGCUACCGAUUCGGACGCGUCCGCACCGGAAUCCGCUUGCCGAGAAUGACGACGAGCACCCGGAGUGCCCGGCACAGUUCGCGGAGCGUUUCGCGGAGUUCUAUCCGGGUGUGGACAAUCCGGUGGUUGAGUUCGUCGACGUCGGAUGCGCAUUCGGGGGCAUGCUCUUCUCCCUUGCGGCGGUAUUCCCCACAACGUGCAUGUUGGGUCUUGAGAUUCGCUCGAAGGUUGUCAGCUUUGCACAGGAGAAGACGCUGGCGCUUCGCCAGGAGAACGCAGCAUCCUCGACGCUGCACUAUCGAAAUAUCUGGUUUGAGCAGAUGAAUGUCAUGAAGUUUGGGUCCAACUGCUUUAAGAAGGGUCAGCUGUCUCGCCUCUUCUUCUGCUACCCGGACCCACACUGGAAGCGAAAGAACAUCCGCCGCCGCGUCAUUUCGCCGGGAUUAGUACAGGAGUACGCGUACUGGCUGCGCCAUGGUGGUCUGCUGUACACUGUCUCGGAUGUGGCUGAGCUGGAGGAGUGGAUGAAACAGUGCCUGGACGAUUCGCCACUGUUUCGCCGUUUGACGGAAGCCGAGCUAAGCACCUCUGCGCAUCAGCAAGUCCUCGAAAUUGUGACAGGUACCAGCGAGGAUGCUCAGCGCACGGCGCGUAAAGGACUACAGAAGUACUUCGCUGUGCACAUGCGCAUAUGA